AUGGCCCCGAGUUCCUGGCGUCCCUUAGAUGGGACAGGGGUGCUAAGAAUCCCCAGGUGGAAAAAGCAACAAAUGAAGAUAGGAACGUGGAAUGUCAGAAGUUUGAAGAGUCCCGAAAAGGCCUAUAAUGUCUGCAAAGAAAUGCAACGAAUGAAGAUUAACAUUAUGGGACUAAGUGAUAUCAGAUGGAUAGGCAAAGGUAAACAUCAAAUAGAUAAUAACUUCACCAUGUAUUACUCUUGUUCUGACGAUAGUUCCAACAAACUUAAACAACUAAAGAAGAGAAUACAGCACCACGCAACUGACGUGAGGAAACUUAAAGAGCUUAACAUCCGAGAUAUAGUGGCGAAAGAAAUAAAUGAGUGGGCAGUAGAUAAGAAACUUGGGAUACCGCGUACGGUGGAGGAAGAGUGGUGUUCAACAAAGAACAAAUUAUUAACCAUCAAUGAGACGCACUUAAAAAGAGAUUGGACCCCUAAGCAGAGCUGGAUGACAGAAAAAAUAUAUAAUCUUAUGGAAGGAAGGAGAAUCUACAAAAAUUCAGACAAAGGCAAGUACACUGAGAUUGAUAAGAAAAUUCGGCGUGAAGUUCGUUAUGCCCGAGAUGCUUGGUAUAAGUGCAAAUGUGAUUUUGUGGAGGACCUUUAUGCUAAGCAUGAUGCAUUUAACCUGCAUAAGGAAAUAAAAUAUCUGGUAGGGCAGAAUAAGACCACUCAUCAACUUACGGACAAAAAUAAUAUUCCCAUAUUAGAUAUAUCAGGGGCGUUGACUGAGCCGAGGUCAGAGAUAAUGGAGAUCAGACUCCUUGCAGUGGGUCCAUGGCAUUUAUACGAU